AUGUUUCUUUCUGUUGUGCUGCUGUGGCUCGGUGUUUGCUUCAUCGUUCUUCAGCUCAAAUCUCGGAGACCCAAGAACUUUCCACCGGGACCCCCUAUCCUGCCCCUGCUGGGCAACACUUUGCAGCUGAGCCUGGAGAACCCUUUAAAGGACUUCGAAAGGCUGAGGAAGUCUUAUGGAGACGUCUACAGUAUCUUUAUUGGCCCUAAACCAGCAGUAAUCAUCAAUGGGGUGAAGGCCAUAAAGGAGGCCAUGGUGACCAAGGCUAGUGAUUUUGCUGGACGACCUCAAGACUUGUUUGUCAAUGAUGUCACCAAGAGUAAAGGGGUUAUUCUGGCAGAUUACGGCUCUAGUUGGAGGGAACAUCGUCGCUUUGCUCUGAUGACUUUGAGGAACUUUGGUCUGGGGAAGAACUCGAUGGAGGACCGGAUUCAUGAAGAGAUUAAAUACACCGUCAGUACCCUGGAAAAGAGCAUUGGUAAAACCAUGAGUCCUCGAGUUAUGUUUCACAAUGCAGCGUCCAACAUCAUCUGCCAGGUCCUGUUCGCUAGACGCUACGAGUAUGACAACGCGCUAAUCAAAGUGAUUGUUCAGUGCUUCACUGAGAACUCCAAGAUAGCCAAUGGCCCGUGGGCUAUGCUGUAUGACUCUUUUCCUUUAAUUCGUUACCUACCACUGCCCUUCAUGAAAGCCUUCAAGAAUGCAGAGACAGUUGAAAAUCUUGUAAAUGAGUUUAUAAGAGAGCACAAGAAGACCCGAGUUCCCGGAGAGCCACGGGACUUUGUUGACUGCUAUCUGGAUGAACUGGAGAAGAGAGGCGAUGAUGGGUCUUCAUUUUCAGAAGACCGGAUCUGUUUGUACGCUUUAGACCUUCACUUUGCUGGCACUGACACUACAUCCAACACCCUACUUACUGGAUUUCUUUACCUUAUGAACUACCCGCAUGUACAAGAACGGUGUCAGCGGGAGAUAGACCGAGUGUUGGAAGGGAAAGACCGGGUCAGUUUUGAGGACAGACACAAUAUGCCCUAUGUGCAGGCUGUGAUUCACGAGAUACAGAGAGUUGCCAACACUGUUCCUCUCAGUGUCUUCCACUGCACCACUAAAGACACAGAGCUGAUGGGAUAUUCCAUUCCCAAGGGAACAAUGAUCAUCGAGAAUCUGACCUCAGUGCUCAGCGAGGAGGGACAGUGGAAAUUCCCUCAUGAAUUCAACCCUGAAAACUUCCUCGAUGACAAAGGAGAGUUUGUUAAACCAGAGGCCUUCAUGCCUUUCUCUGCAGGUCCUCGGGUGUGUCUCGGAGAGGGUCUGGCUCGUAUGGAGCUCUUCCUCAUCAUGGUGACUCUGCUGAGGAAGUUCAAGUUCAUCUGGCCCGAGGACGCAGGAGAACCAGACUUCACUCCAGUCUACGGGGUCACUCUGACUCCCAAACCUUACCGCAUGAAAGUCCAACUCAGAACGCCACAGUGA